GGGGAGGAGGUAAAAGGGAGUGGAAUGCGCGGUUGUCCGGGCGGCCAUUGCGGGUACAGUGUCCGAAACCGCGAAUGUAAUUGAGUGCUGUGUGCCACACUAGUGAAAUCCAGGAAAAUCAAAGGUCAUCCCCAAAGGAAGGUGCUCCGUGUGAAGCCCGGGACGCGAACAAAACCCCGGCCCGAUGGCUGAUUCCGACAAACUGAAUAUUGACCUCGUCAUAACUCGGCUGUUGGAAGUGAGGGAAGCUAGGCCUGGAAAAAGUGUACAGUUGACAGAAGGAGAAAUAAAAGGGCUCUGCCUAAAAUCGCGUGAAAUUUUUUUAUCACAACCUAUUCUAUUAGAGCUCGAAGCACCGCUUAAAAUAUGCGGUGAUAUUCAUGGACAAUACUAUGAUUUACUGCGGUUAUUUGAAUAUGGUGGGUUUCCACCAGAGAGCAAUUAUCUCUUUCUGGGAGACUACGUGGACAGAGGGAAACAAUCCUUAGAGACAAUCUGUCUUCUGCUUGCCUAUAAGAUCAAGUAUCCUGAGAACUUUUUCUUACUGCGCGGAAAUCACGAAUGCGCGUCCAUCAACAGGAUAUAUGGAUUUUACGACGAAUGUAAACGUCGAUAUAAUAUUAAACUCUGGAAAACAUUCACGGAUUGUUUCAACUGUUUACCGGUCGCCGCUAUAAUCGAUGAAAAAAUAUUCUGUUGUCACGGCGGGCUUAGCCCCGAUCUACAAAGCAUGGAACAGAUCAGACGUAUUAUGCGACCAACAGAUGUACCUGAUCAAGGUUUAUUAUGCGAUUUGUUGUGGUCAGAUCCGGACAAAGACACAAUGGGUUGGGGAGAAAAUGAUCGCGGUGUGUCGUUUACAUUUGGCGCCGAAGUUGUUGCCAAAUUUUUACAUAAGCACGACUUUGACCUCAUAUGUCGUGCCCAUCAGGUCGUAGAAGACGGCUACGAAUUUUUUGCGAAGAGGCAAUUAGUUACUCUGUUCUCGGCGCCGAAUUAUUGCGGCGAAUUUGACAACGCUGGGGCUAUGAUGUCGGUGGACGAGACACUUAUGUGCAGCUUCCAAAUUCUAAAACCAGCUGACAAAAAGAAAUUAAUGAAUUACGGUGGCCAGAACGCAGGUAGACCGGUGACGCCCCCGCGAGGUGGAAAUAACAAGAGCAAGAAGAAGUGAAAUUCGAAAUAUUUGUUUUUCAACCCUCCCCCUUUAAUUUGAAAGCAUUGACUACAACUUCAGCAGAACUCCUUUCAAAAACCCAUCAUCUUUUACGGCAUUAAGUUUUUGUAAGCGGAAAGAUGUUACUGUUAUUACUUUUCCUAAUAUCGCUACUAUUAUUAUCAAAUGUUAUAUUGUAUUCGAAUUUAUCGUGAAUCCCGAUAAGCCGUUUAUAAUGACACAUUAAGUGAAGGAAAAAUCCGGAGGGGCGUUGCUGAGUAAAAGGGAAACAUGUUCCACGCGAACCGAACAGAUGAAAAUUAUUGGAAAAGAGAAAAUAUGUUAUCGAAUGUGUGUGUGUGUGUAUAUAAAAGAAAGUUUACUUCAAAUUCGAUUACGCAAGAUUAGAUUAGAAAUUCUCAACAACCACUGUAAGAUUCUACGGCAGGAUGAUAUAUCGCGAUAAACGACAAGGAAAGUCAGCAUGACGUUCUUGAUUUUCUACUUUGAUAUUACGUUCGAUGUUUUUCUAACACGAACAAUUCGAGAACCGUUCGGGUGAUAUUGCGAUAUCACUAAAAAAAACACGAUAUAAUACAACAUAUUACUUUCUCAUAUAGGUUACAGAUCUAUAAUAUCGCCAUGUACGUAAAAAAUUUUCCACGACAAAUGUUCGAGAUGCGAUACGUAAUUUUGGCACCGCUAUAUUUCUGUAAACUUCAUCGACUUUAUAAACAUACCAAUAUAACUUUCUGGACGAAAACGUUUUUGUAAAAUGUGGUUUUUAUAAUUAAAGCUGUAUAAUAACACCUUAAAGAAUACGAUGUAUAAGCUGUUCAGUGAACAUUGAUCAAUUUCGAGUGACAUUUUUUUAAGGAAAAAAAACAAAACAACAAAUACGCACGACAUGUGUCGAUUUAUGUAUCUGCGAGGCUUCUCUGGAUUUUGCUUGAGGUUAUUGCGAUCGUUAUCUUUCAGGAGGGAAUCGUAAUAAUAGAGCUAAAGUUGUAAGAACAAGUUGUAAAUGUGCAUAACGCGAGUAGCGAAACUACACAAAUAUGCAAUACACAUUACGAUAUAAGGGGCGAGAAACGCAGAAGAAAACAAAACCCCGAUUUCUAAGGAUUUCAUCGUAUGAAUGAUAAUGGCCCACCCGAUGGGUCGUGAAUAAUUUUAUUAGUCUCAUUAACAUUUACACGCUAUUAUUAAUUUUGUUCAUUCCUUCGUCACGCUCUUUUUCAUGUACCAUGUAGAUCGCAGACCCAUUUUCCAGCGAUGUUGCUAUAAAAUCGCAUACAGAAUGAAAAAUCAUUAUGCGCCGUUCAGUAAAAAUCGGCGCGCCAACAAACUCGCAACAAACACUGAUCAUUUUUGCCUCCCUUGUACUUGUACAUUAAUUUCUAUUUUAUAAAUAAAACUCACGAAAAACAUUCACUCAUUCUAUGGUUUUCGUUCAUGUAUUUAAUAAGUAUUAUCGCAACCACGACGCUUCGCACGAUACUUGGGUUUUAAUACUGAUUUUUAAUCGGAUCAUCUUCGAUCGUUGAUUGAACAUUCUUCAUUGACAUGUAUGUACAUACAUACACGUAUACCUGAAAAAGUCACUGGUACUAUUGAUAAUGCUAUUGCGAAUAAUAUCGAACAAUAAAUUCGUAAUCUUUAAUUGUACAAAUUUGUUCAUUUUUCCACGAAAUGCUCGUUUCGACUAUUUUUCGAGUAAAUAUUUUAGCGGCUUAUACGAGCAGUGGAUUAGGUUCGUGUCCGCGCUGAAGAUAACAGUCACACUCCGAUUAGAAUCUAAGCCGUUAGAUGUUACGGACGUCUGUGAACUCUCUGUACGCGAUACGAAGUAUUUAAAUAUCCGAAGAUCUGGAUUUAGUAUAGUUACGUAGUCUUUAGCAUUCGUUUAUUAACGAAAGAGGAAACGAUCAAAUCUUGAAAAAUUAAAAUACUGCAGGCACUAUUACACGUAUGUACGAGCUACUACGCCCUUGUAAUUUAUACUUGAAGUAGAUUUUUAAACGAAAAGUAGGUUUUUAAACACGAAACGGUAACGGCACGCGUAAAUUACCGAUUGUAAAUAAUUACAAAGGAAUUGGGAAAUGUAAUGACUUUGGAAUAGAUGUUUGUACUUGUAACAUUCUUCCAGCUAAGGUGGCUAAUGUAC